AAGGCGAUUGUCAUAUGAUAGCUAAGAAGUGGCACAUUAAUGAAGCGCCGCUACGGGGGUCUUUUCUGCUCCUGUCACCGCUUAAAACUAUCAGAUGGUUCGAGGGAGGGCAUGGAGGCAGCCACCUAGCUCAGCCAAGACACGGAGCCCACAGUAGCGCCCUCCGGAGCCCUAAGACCUUCGCUGCCACCAUCCGCGCCGGGAGUCCUCAGCCGAGCUCGGCCGCCCGCAGGACGCUCCAGGAGCGUCGCGGACCGGGCGGCGCGGGACGCUGCGGGGCUGAGCUCAAGAGCCCAGGUUCGCGCCGAGUCCAACCGGACACGGACGCUGCGCGCGGAGAGCGCGCCGAGAGAGAAGCGGCGCGCUGCGGCGCCCUCCCGGAUGCGGACGCGCAACUUGAAGCAACUUUAAGAUCCGAGUAGUCCGCCGGCCCGCGCGGAUCCAGAGCAAGAAGAGGGCGAGGAAGAAGAUGCCUCGGCCCGGCCGUAACACGUACAGCGACCAGAAGCCGCCCUACUCGUACAUCUCGCUGACCGCUAUGGCCAUCCAGAGCUCUCCCGAGAAGAUGCUGCCGCUGAGCGAGAUCUACAAGUUCAUCAUGGACCGCUUCCCCUACUACAGGGAGAACACGCAGCGCUGGCAGAACAGCCUGCGCCACAACCUCUCCUUCAACGACUGCUUCAUCAAGAUCCCGCGGCGGCCAGACCAGCCAGGCAAGGGCAGCUUCUGGGCGCUGCACCCCAGCUGCGGGGACAUGUUCGAGAACGGCAGCUUCCUGAGGCGCCGCAAGCGCUUCAAGGUGCUUAAGUCCGACCACCUGGCGCCCAGCAAGCCAGCCGACGCGGCGCAGUACCUGCAGCAGCAGGCCAAGCUGCGGCUCAGCGCGCUGGCGGCCUCGGGCACGCACCUGCCACAGAUGCCCGCUGCCGCCUACAACUUGGGCGGCGUGGCGCAGCCCUCGGGCUUCAAGCACCCCUUCGCCAUCGAGAACAUCAUCGCGCGGGAAUACAAGAUGCCUGGGGGACUGGCCUUCUCCGCCAUGCAGCCGGUGCCCGCUGCCUACCCGCUCCCCAACCAGUUGACUACCAUGGGCAGCUCUCUGGGCACCGGCUGGCCACACGUGUAUGGCUCCGCCGGCAUGAUCGACUCGGCCACCCCCAUCUCCAUGGCGAGUGGCGACUACAGCGCCUACGGCGUGCCGUUGAAGCCGCUGUGCCACGCGGCGGGCCAGACGCUGCCCGCCAUCCCCGUGCCCAUUAAGCCCACGCCGGCCGCCGUGCCCGCGCUCCCUGCGCUGCCAGCGCCCAUCCCCACCUUGCUCUCGAACUCGCCGCCCUCGCUCAGCCCAACGUCCUCACAAACAGCCACCAGCCAAAGCAGCCCCGCCACCCCCAGCGAAACGCUCACCAGCCCGGCCUCCGCCUUGCACUCGGUGGCUGUGCACUGACCCGCAGGAGCCGACGCCCCCUCUCGUUCUCCUCCCCACCACCUCACUCGCCUUCCCUGGCUCCCAGCCCUGCCCGCCGCAACCUGGAACCGCCACCCUAACUUAUCCCUUUCGCCUUCGGCCAACCCGUCUUGCCCCAAGAGAACUUUGUUUUGGAUCCAGGAGACAAAACACAAACUUGCAGAUGGGCCAGGAGGCGCGUAGGAGUUGUCCU